ACCUGUCGCCGUCACCUCGAAAAGGAUCACGAGCUUACAUAUAACAAAUGGGCGGGCGAAAAUUCGUUUGAUUCAAUGCUUCCGAAAGCCGUUGCUAAGCGCAGAAAUGACACGCUAAAGGCCAGUGCAAGUCAAACUGGUCUCGACAACCAUCUACAUGAGCGUCCGAAAGCUGAACGUAUCUUGCCAUACUCCGAUAAGCUGUUCCGAGAGGCAGCAACUGAGUGGCUCAUUGCCACAGAUCAGCCAAUACAAGCACUCGACCAUCCUAACUUCCAUAAAUUGGUUGACGUGGCCUCGAGGGCCACAAAUGGCGUCAAAAUUCCAGAUCAGUAA